CUGGCUCACAAACAUUUGUGUCCAUCUUACCCCUGAAACACACCAAGUACGCAAACCCCACACAUCGAUGAUCAGCAACCCAAAUGACAAAAAUCCCCAAACUGCCCCUGAACCGCCUCCGCCUCCACCUCCACCUCCCACCACCAAGCCACCACACAAUCUCCACCUUCAGCUCUCCCUCCAGAUUCACUCCAGGCCACCACCCCUUUCUCUCUCUAAAAGGACCAUGCAAAAGCCUCACAAACCAGCCCAUUCUCUCUCUACCAAAACCACGCAAAAACCUGCAAGAAAACCCAUUUCUUUCUCAAUGGAAACCGUGCAAGAACUUUGAGGACCACCCCAUUCUCUCUCUCAUCAAACCAUGCAAAAACUUCAAAGACCUUCAAAUGCUUCACUCUCACACUAUCACCACUGGCCUAAUUCAAGACCCAUUUUCCGCGAGCAGAAUUGUUGGCUUUUGUGUGGUUUCAAACAAUCUUCCAUAUGCUCGCAAUGUCUUCGAUCGCAUAGAAUCGCCCGAUGUCUUCACAUAUAACACCAUGAUUAAAGGAUACUCCGAAACCCAUGAACCAGAAAAUGCAAUUUCUUUGUACUUUCAAAUGCUAUUGAAUUCUCUACCACCCAACACCUUCACUUUCUCACUCUUGAUCAAGGCAUGCACCUUGAAAUGCUUACUGAGAGAUGGCAAAAAGAUUCACUCCCAAAUUUUGAAGCAUGGGUUCCAAUCAGUGCCCGUUAUAGGGAAUUCUCUGAUGGGCUUUUACUCUAUGUGUGAAAACUUGGUAGAUGUAAAUCUACUCUUUGAUCAAAUGCAUGAAAGAGAUUUGAUAUCAUGGAACACCUUAAUCACUAGUAUAGGCAAACGUGGUGAUUUUGAAUCUGCACGUCGAGUGUUUGAUGCUAUGCCUGAUAGAAACUUGGUUUCUUGGGCGGCCUUGAUUGAUGCUUAUGUUAAAGGUGGUCAUUUUCUAGAGGCCUUGAGACUAUUCUGUGAAAUGCAAAAAUUUGGGAUGGAACCUGAUGAGGUCACAGUUGCUAGUGUCCUUUGUGCUUGCGCUAACUUGGGUGCUUUGAAUCAAGGGAAAUGGCUCCAUUCGUAUAUCGAUAGGAGUGAGAUGACGAUCAAUGUGGUUCUUGGAACUGCAUUGGUAGAUAUGUAUGCAAAAUGUGGGUGCAUCGACAUUGCUCUAAAAUUGUUUCGAGAGAUGAGAGAGAAAGAUAUCAUUUUGUGGAAUGCGAUGAUUGGAGGGCUAGCGGUGAAUGGGUAUGGAAAGCAAGCUUUGGAGCUCUUUGAUCAGAUGAGAACUCUUAGAGUGGGGCCAAAUGAAAGGACAUUCAUCGGUGUUUUACGAGCUUGCAGUCAUUCAGGACUUGUCUCUCAAGGUAGGAUGCAUUUCCAUAGCAUGAUUAGGGAUUAUGGAAUAAACCCUAGAAUUGAGCACUAUGGUUGUUUGGCCGAUGUGCUAGGUCGAGCUGGGCUUUUGAAAGAGGCUGAGGAUGUUCUAAACAACAUGCCUAUGAAACCACAGGCUUCCCAACUGGGCGCCUUAUUGGCUGCCUGUAAAACCCAUGGCAAUCUAGAGAUAGCUGAACGAAUAGGGCAGAAUCUAAUUGAAUUGGAACCCAAUGAUGGUGGUCGAUACGUCCUCUUAUCUAACAUAUAUGCAGCUGCAAAUCAAUGGGAUAAAUCUCAAGAGUUGAGAAGAAAAAUGAGAGAGAAUGGGCUUAAGAAAGAUCCUGGUUGUAGCUUCAUUGAGUGGAACGGGGUUGUUCAUGAGUUUCUUGCUGGGGAUAUAAAGCAUCCUCAAACUACAGAGAUAUAUGCAAUGUUGAAUGAAUUGGAAGUAAGGUUGAAGUCUAAUGGAUACUUGCCUCACAUUAGGGAAGUGUUGGUUGACAUGGAUGAAGAAGAGAAGGAAAUAACUCUCUCCUAUCAUAGUGAAAAGCUGGCGAUUGCAUUUGCGUUCAUAAACAUGGAUCCUAAGACACCCAUCCGGAUUAUUAAGAACCUUAGAGUUUGUAUAGAUUGCCACAUUGCCACUAAGCUGAUAUCCAAGAUCUACAAUCGUGAAAUCAUUGUGCGAGAUCGGAACCGUUUCCACCAUUUUAUAGAAGGGGCCUGUUCUUGUGCUGAUUACUGGUGAAUUUGGAGGUAUGACUUUGGAGAGAGAGAGAGAGAGGGUGUACAACUCAUUUAUAAAAUACAAACUGUUCUACAACAUCAAAAUAAGCUGUAAAAAAUUAUCUUGAUAUAUAUGGCAUAUAUAUAUGGAUUACAUGGCAUAAUGUAGAGAAACAUAUCAAGUUUGAAAGCUUCUGUAAUCAGUAACGAUUUCUAAACUCUCUUGAAAUUGAUUCAAAUUCAAUUCCUUUACAUUCUUUCA